GGGUUUUCAUAAUGUAAGCGCAACUCUUCAGUUUCUUCCAACAGUACUCCACACAAUUCAUUCUCAGGGUCUACGGAAACAACAUCCUUACUCCCAAAAGGUAGGGGUAAGGUCUGCGUAUAUUCUACCCUCCCAAGACUCCACUCGUGGGAAUACACAGGAAUGUUGUUGCCAAUCAUUUAAUAUUAUGCCUCCAAGUGGAAAAAAAGCAGCUUUUACCUCCCUCGAUUUACUUAGCAACCUUCCCGAUAUGUAAUCAAUGACAUUCUAGCGAAGUUGCCUUUACGAGAUGUUAUGAGGAAAAGCAUUUUAUCGAAGAAAUGGAGAUAUAACUGGUGCAGACUUCCACAACUGAAACCUGAUCAAACACUUUGGAAAACAACAAAGGACUUAAUUUCCCUUACAAUUGGAUUGACUAACAUUCCCUGUCACCUCUUGACCCUUCAUACAGGACCAAUUACCAAGUUUACCCUCGACAUUCCUGUUCUAAAAACAUGUCCUAAUAUUGACCACUUGAUAUAUUUCCUCACAAUGAAUUGCAUUCAACAUCUUGUCCUUAAACCUCUGUUCGGUAACCCGAUAUAAAUUGCCUUCUUCAUUUUCCUAAGUUCAGGUUUGAGGCAUUCGACUCUCGAAAGAUAUUUGCUAUGUCCUUUACCAGUCUAAGGGAUUUGAUAGGUUAAUAAGCCUAGAACUAAGACGUGUCAAUAUUUCUUCUGCAUCGCUUGGAAGUUGAUCUCCCGUUGCCGUUGCUUGAGGAUUUGGUGCUGAAAGGCCAGACAAUUCAAACCCCAUGGAAAUUAGUGCUUCCAAGCUGAGAUCAUUUGUCUUCUUUGGCUAUAUACAUUUUAUACAUCUAAAAAGUGUCCCUCUUCUUAAUAGUAUCAGUUCCCAAAAAAAAAAUGUCCCUCUUCUUUCCAAUGUUUCACAUGAGCCUACAGUAUUUUCUAUCGAGGCAGAACAUGAUCUUGCCAAUAUUUUAAAGUCUAUUCCUGCUCUCGAAAAUCUCUGCUGGAAUCACAUAAAUAUCCAGGCAUGAAUGCUGGACCAGCUGAAGUUAUACCAACAAGGCUUCCCUUUGCUCUAAACUGUCUUAAACACCUUAGCAUCUUGAAGCAUUUUCUCAACAAUUUUAUGCCUCCAAGGUCAGAGCCAAGCACUUUUCCUUUGCUUCAUCUUGAAAAAGUUUCCAGGAUGUUUUUUAAUAGUACAAAUCUAUUACUUCUUUUACCAGUUCGCACUGCUAUGCAGCUUUUAUUAAUUUUUCAGUAUGGUGUUUAGUAGUUGCUUGUUCUUAUCUCUAGUACUCUUUGAUUGUUUCUUGUACUAUGUAUCCUAUUAUUACUGCUUGUUAUUAUUGUUUAUUAUUUCUGAUGCUUUUUCAUCUCUCUUUGAGAUGGUGGUCUAUCAGAAAGAGCCUCUUUACCCGUCAAAAGGUAGAGGUAAGGUCUGUGUACACUCUACCCUCCCCAGACCGCACCUGGUGGGAUUAUGCUGGGUAUGAUGUUGUUGUUGUUGUUUUACGGUGUUUAGUAGUAUAUUGCUACAAAUCUCAUACGUUUCUUAUAGAUUUCUUCUUUUUUUAUGCCAAACUAAUAUUUUGUUGGCCCCACAAUGCUUAUCCCAGUUGACCUCUUACAUUUUGAUCUAAUGCUUUGAAAAACACAGCAUGUGCAUCCGUCAUUUUAGAGAAAUUGCAUGAUUUUAAACUCACCAUCAUCACUCUGCCUCUGUUAAAGGACAUUUUUUAUGACAUUUUCUUUUUAAUUAUUUUAUUCAGUUACUAUUGCUAUAAUUUACCUCAUAUCACCACUUAUAUACUCCCCACAGACAGGGGCAGAUCUAGGAUUUCUAUAACAUGGGUGCACCACUAAAAAAGUAGAAAAAAGAAGCAUCAAGUGGGAAUUAAUCCUUGCUCUUUUAGGUAGAUAAUUUAGCACUUAACCAAGUUCACCAUUUAGCCUUUCUGGAGCAUGGCUGGCAGAAGAUAAUAUUAGAUUAAUAUAAAAAAUAUAUACAUAAGAUAUAUAUUUGGCGGAAAGAUCAUGGGUUCACAGGCACCGUAAAUUGCCCUAUAAAUCCGCCCAUGCGCUGAUAAAAAAAUCAGCCCAUGCCCAUAGAGUUUAAGAAAGGAAAAAUAAUAUUUCUAAAAUUUGUAAUUUAAAACAAGACAUAAAUAUUUGUGUGGUUGUAAAUAUCCUUUUAAGAGUAAAUGAGAAGUUAGGAGUUAAAUUUUUUGUAAAUAUCAUUCUUUUUGGACAAUCGACAAAGGAAAAUGAACCUCAUUAAUUGGGACAAAGAAACUAUUAUAUAAGUCAAACUAAUAUCUUAAAUCUUUUAUGAUAUCACAAGAAGCAUCGGGAAUCGAAUGUGUAUUUAAGUUAAGCUUGCAGCCAUGACUAAAAAAGAGUAUCUGACGUUAAUAUAUACUCUUGAAUCAUAAGGAAAAAAAAAACUUUUGGCAGUUAAAAACAAAAUCGAACAAACAAUAUUGCUCUUUAGUUGUCUCUCUUCUCACCCUUUACUUUUGGUUCCCAUGUACUGCUUUUAAUUUUAUCUCCGGACUCUAGAUUCUCAUUAAUGGCUGAUACAUUACUUGACAGUCAUAAAAUUUCUCAUCAACUUAGUUAAAUCUUGAAUUUUGUAGAUGAAUAUAUGGCAAAAACAUUAACAUAAUAAAAUCAUGAUCAAACAUGAUAUUAGGAAACAAAAUAUAUUUACAUUAGUAAGGAUAACUGUGUGCUAAUUUGAGCCGUUCUACGGAUUGAUGAAGGACUAAGUUAUAAUUAUCUGAUAGUGUGUUUAUAUAAGAGCUAGAGAGGGAAUACAACUGCAAUUAGUUUAACUCUGACGGGUCCUUCUAUUAUGGUCUCAUCGGGUUGACCCUACACUCAACAUUGCAAUAAAUACGACCCAAUAACUAUUUAUCGCACUCGGGCUGGUUUACUUUCUAAAUUGCGGUGCACGUGAAGUCGUCAACCCGUGGUCUCUCUGCCAAGUUAGUUAUUUUAUGUACAUGUUUCCUAUAAUUGAUCUAAUAUUAUCUGACUCUCAAGCUUCAAAACUGCAAAAUGGUGCAUUCUGUUGAAUGUUGUAGAUCCGCCUCUGAUGACACUUAUAGUUGGGCCUAUACUUGUAUACUAACAUCAAACAGAAAACGUUGAAAUAUAAAUAGAAUAUUUUUAAUAAUGUAAGCACAUUUUUUUUACAUAUUUGACAAAUAUAGAUUUCAUAAGGGCCCAACUGUAGUUUUACCCAAAGGAAAAGGAGGCAACUGCAAUUUAUCCUGCCUUUUGGAUUUUCACUAUUUAAGCGCGAACUCUGGAAGCUUCUCUCUUCAGUUUCUUCCAACACCGCCAUUGAGCCGACAAAAUGAAUUAGCCAUCAAUCGGAGCAUCAUAGGAGUACUUGACAUUCAUCAUCAGAAUCUUGUUGGCAAUCAUUUUAUAUGAUGCCUUCUAAGGGAAAAAAGCAACGUUUACCUCGUGAUGUACUGAGCAACCUUCCCGAGAAUGUAAUCGAUGACAUUUUAAUGAGUUUGCCUCUACGAGAUGCUGCGAGAACAAGCAUCUUAUCGAAAAGGUGGAGGUAUAAGUGGUGCAGACUUCCACAGUUGAUGCUUGAUGAUACUGUUUGGGGAACUACCAAGAAUGUUGUAGCUUACUGUAGAAGCAACUUGACUAAGAUUAUCUCCAGCAUUUUGAAACUUCAUUCUGGACCAAUUGAAAAGUUUGCCCUUUGCCUUCCUUAUUUUGUCAGCUGUCCUAAUAUUGACAAUUUGAUAUGUUUCCUCUCCAAGAAUAGCAUUCAUCAUCUUGCUCUUAAAAUUCAUACUUGUAGUCCAUACAAACUGCCUUCUUCAUUUUUCACAUGCUUGCAGUUGAGGCAUUUGACUCUCUUAAGAUGUCUAAUACAUCCUCCACCGGUCUUUAAGGGAUUUGGUAGGUUAAUUAGCUUAGAACUAUGUAAUGUCACAAUUUCGUCUGAAUUGCUUGGAAGUUUAAUCUCCCAUUGCCCGUUGCUUGAAAAUUUGGUGCUGAUAGAUUUACGUAAUUGUAACCACAUUGAAAUUAAUGCUCCCAAUCUGAGGUCAUUUUUCUUCGAAGGCAAUAUAAAUGUUUUACAUCUAAAAACUGUUCCUCUUCUUUCCAAAGUUACAUAUAAGCCUAGAACAUUUUCAGUAGAGGCAGAACAUGAUCUUACCAAGAUGUUUGAGUCUAUUCCUGCUCUGGAGAAUCUUUGCUGGAAUCUAUUUACGGACGUGGAUAAUGGAAUAGCUGAAGUUAUACCAACAAGGCUUCCCUCUACUCUUAACUGUCUUAAACGCCUUCGGAUAUCUUGGAUUACUCUGCGAGAUUUCUUUGAGCUUUCGUUUGCUCUUUGCUUGAUAAGAAGCUCCCCAAAUUUAGAAGAAAUUGAAAUUGAGGUGCAUGGUAGUAGUGAUGAGGACUAUUAUGACAUACCUGUGCCCCAGGAUGUUAUUGAUAAGAUUCCUGCAAGUUUCUCAGAUAUGACAUUUAAUCACCUGAGGAUAGUUAAGAUUAACAAUAUAGCAGGUGCCGGGGCUGAAAUGCAGCUUAUCAAGGUUUUAUUGGUCAAAUCUCCAGCACUGGUCAAAAUGGUAAUCAGGCCCUGUGAAAUGGAAAAUAAAAAAUCUCUCAGAGUACUCAUGGAGAUAACUAAUUUUCAGCGGGCGUCAUCUGAAGCUCAAGUUGUGUAUAAUAUAGAUUAGUAUCCGUAUCACAAUCCUGCUUGAUCUUCAUGAGUCUUCAAUCAGAUCUCUCCACAAUCAAGACUAAGUACUUGCAGAAUUAACAAAAUUUCUCUGGUCUAUAACUUAGACUGCAAUCCUGUUUGAUCUCCAUUUAUCUUUUAGCAGACCAUGAUCUUGGCUAAAGAAUGCUCUGGCAUUUAAAGAUGAAAUAGAUUAAAUUUGUCUAGGCAGUAGUAAAAUGCUGUGGUUUUUCCUGUUUGACGAUUAAACGGAUUGAGAGAAGACUUAGAUGUUUUGACUUAGCUUGUUUGUCACUGUGACAUUGCUCAGGGUUUAAAUUUCAUGCUUGUUAUAGAUUGAUAUGUUGUGGAUUAAUUCUCUACUUGAUUAGAGAUCACUGUAACAGUCAUGAAGCCUUUUCUCAACAA